GCUCUUUGUCUACAUUCCACGCAUGCGAUAAAGGCGCGAAUAUCCGCAAGCUCCCAGGAAUCCUGUUUGUGGGGACUUUUUUCUUGUGCCGUGAAUGCUCGACAUACAACGACGGCGCUUUUGUGCCUAGGACACCCUCGUCAUGUCGCGACUGGUCAUUCUGCUCUGCAUAUUGUUUCGACUUCCCAGAACGAGCUCAUGGAUGAUAGAUUCCCUGAGGCUUCUCAUCCCUCAUGACUUGCUCUACAGAAGGCUAUAGUGCGUAGAAAGUGGGAGGUCCGCCAGCACAAUCUGAUCAGCAGUGCUUCCCAUCGAGGGUUUCGCAUCACAUGUCCAAUCUGGAUCUUCUGUAAAAUCCGUCUAUCUAUCGAAUCGAUCUCCAGCAUGUCCGGAGCGUCGUCCCGCACCGGAAUCCGCCGAUAUGAGUCUGCUGUACCUCGUUAACCUGGUCCAGGUGCUCACGGGACUUGCCUCCCGUCGAUCCCGAGGUCACCGAUGACUCGAGAGACAGAUUCGAUUCUCCCCGCCAAACAAAUCACAGCCCUGGCUGCUUCGCUCGCCUUGCGGCCUUACCGAGUUUCUUCAUACUUCUUCCUCGAUCAGCCCAAAGGGGAACCCCACCGGUCCCGCUCAAACGAAACACUUGCGGAGGCUUUACCCCAUCCGGGUGUGCUUUCUUUCUGGGACGUUUUGCCGCACUCACAGAUGUCUCCUUCGCGCGGAGAUCCCCGUGCGUCAGGGUUCUCGGACCGGCCGCGGGCCAAAAGGCCAAUCCGCAGACGGCCUCGACUCCUAUUGGUUGCGCGAGGACAUGGUCGACAUUGCAACCAAUUAUACCUGCGCCAGUGAGCUCACUCAGCCAGAAAACACGAUUAUUAUUGCAAUUUUUCCGCGUCAAGGAUAGAAGACUGAAGUCUUUCCGAGCACUGCCAUGUUCACUAUCUGCAAAAGAUGCGAGUACACGUGUCUGUGGCUUCAACGCGAGCCGUUAAAACAUCCGGCUGGCGCAAGCGCGGGGUUUUUGCCGCAGUGUCACUGUCAGCUAUCCACGCAAUAGCACAUGUGUCUGUGGCGAAGGACCAGGGUUUGUUCGAUUAGAUUUUACGUCAUGAUGGGGCGGAGUGCAAGACAGUCCGGCAGAGACCCGCGAAAGCUCGAGCUAAAAAAAAAGGC